UGUAUUUCUCUUUAUAUACUCAUUUAUAACUUAUUUUAUUGUUUAGUAUAUAACAAUUAUUUAGUAGAUAUAUGUUGCGUGUAUUUGUGUGUAUGGGUGCGUGACGUUUGGUAUGGCUCAGUGUCAGAAAUGCCUAUCCCAACAAGAACAGCACCUAAACCUCCUGGAAAUCCAAUUGAUCAACGGAACAAUACAUGGAGUAACAAUGAUCCGUUCGGGCCUCUAACAAUACCACAGCCAAUUCAAAAGAAAAAGCCACCUCCUCGGCCGCCACCUCCUCGAAUUAAGAAGGAUAAUAUUCAAAAUAAUUUAAAUAAACAAAGAAAACCCACAAGACCAACGGAACUCAUUACAAAUUUAUUUGGAAUACGCUCAGCUAAGCAGCCACAAAUCAAAUCAAUUUAUUCGCAUAAUCGAUCUACAUGUACAAAUGGUCAAUCAAAUAAUUCAUCAGAAGGAACAGUGUCACUAAUAGACUUAAGUCCGCCUGGUUCACCUACAUUUACUAUAAGAUCCAGUAGCGAUGGUGUUAGUAUUGAUAGUUUUGGAAGUGAUGGAAAUUCAAAUCCAUCGGUAUUAACAAGUAGUAGUGGUAAUACAUCACAGAAUGAAAGUGCCUUCGAAGAUGAUUUUGAUUUUUUUGGUAGUUUAUCUAAACAUACUAUCCAAAAUGAUCCGUGGAAACAAAAUACACCUUUUGACUCUCUUUCACAAAAAAAAAGUAUCAAUGCAAGUUUAACAAAUGGAAUUAAACAUGUUGGUGAACCCUCGUUUAUUUCUUAUAACAACGAGCAAUUAUUUACACCAAUGUCUUCAACAAAUAGUGUUUCAACGAUGCCAACAAUUAUUCGCGCUCGACCUCCGAAACCACCAGCGCCUAAAUUGCUUACCACCACUAGUUUAGCGCCAACUGUUCCAAACUUUAAUGUUCCUUCAAGUGCACCGAAGGUAAUAAAUAGCUCUUGUACUUUUAAUGAAAAUUUAACGUGGCCUACUGCGAUUAGCGCAACGCUAUCAGAAGGUAAUUCUUCACCACCUAUGCCAUCAAUUCCACCACCAGCACCGCCACCAGAAUAUUUAGCACAAAUAGAAUGUUCGACCACACAAAAAAAAUCUAGACCACAAGGUGUUGCUUUGUAUGAUUUUGAAGCAACUCAAUUUGGAGAUUUAUCAUUGAAAGAAGGUGAUAUUGUGUUUUUAACUAAAAAAAUCAAUGAUGAAUGGUUGGAAGGUCAGAUAGGGAAUCAUAUUGGGAUGUUCCCUGCUAAUUUUAUCAAUAUAACAGUACCAUUAAAUGAAUGCUCAUCUGAUAUUGUAAAUGCGUUGUAUACCUUUAAUGGAGAAACCUGGGAAGACUUAAAUUUUGAGGAAGGUGCAAAAAUUAAAGUUUUAUCGAAAAUAUCUGACGAUUGGCUUUAUGGUGAAUAUCAAGGUAAAAAAGGGCAGUUUCCAACGAAUUACAUCGAUCGGGUUCCUAGUAACUUACCAAAAUAUUUAUAA